AUGGCGGACGCUUUCGGGGAUGAGCUCUUCAGCGUGUUUGAGGACGACUCGGCCACCGCACCCGGAACUAAAAACGACAGAGAGAAGGAGAAGGGGAAAUGGAAAGGGCCGCCAGGGUCUGCAGAAAAGGGCGGGAAACGUUUUGAUGGUAAAUUACAAUCGGAGUCAACUAAUACUGCAAAAACCAAGAGAGAUGCAGAUUUUGAGGGCACAGAUGAACCCAUAUUUGGAAAGAAGCCUAGGGUGGAAGAAUCAAUAAAUGAAGAUUUAAGUUUGGCUGACUUGAUGCCCAGAGUCAAGGUACAAUCAGUUGAAACUGUUGAAGGGUGUACACAUGAGGUUGCACUUCCUGCAGAUGAAGAUUAUUUACCACUUAAACCUCGCGUUGGAAAAGCUGCAAAGGAAUACCCGUUCAUUCUUGAUGCUUUUCAAAGAGAAGCCAUUCAGUGUGUUGAUAAUAAUCAGUCUGUUUUAGUAUCUGCACAUACAUCAGCAGGAAAAACUGUAUGCGCUGAGUAUGCCAUUGCAUUGGCCUUAAGGGAAAAACAGCGUGUAAUAUUCACCAGCCCAAUUAAGGCUCUGAGUAACCAGAAAUACCGAGAAAUGUAUGAAGAGUUUCAAGAUGUUGGUUUGAUGACUGGAGAUGUUACUAUUAAUCCUACAGCAUCUUGUCUUGUUAUGACCACAGAGAUUUUGAGAAGUAUGCUGUACAGAGGUUCUGAAGUUAUGCGAGAAGUUGCUUGGGUCAUAUUUGAUGAAAUUCAUUACAUGAGAGAUUCAGAGCGUGGUGUUGUAUGGGAAGAAACUAUUAUUUUGCUUCCUGACAAUGUCCACUAUGUCUUUCUUUCGGCUACUAUUCCAAAUGCCCGACAGUUUGCUGAAUGGAUUUGCCAUUUGCAUAAACAGCCUUGUCAUGUAAUUUACACAGAUUAUCGGCCGACACCAUUGCAGCACUACAUUUUUCCAGCAGGGGGAGAUGGCCUGCACCUUGUGGUUGAUGAAAAUGGUGAUUUCAGAGAAGAUAAUUUUAAUACUGCAAUGCAAGUACUUCGAGAUGCUGGUGAUUUGGCAAAAGGAGAUCAGAAGGGGCGAAAAGGAGGAACAAAAGGACCAUCAAAUGUGUUCAAGAUUGUGAAGAUGAUUAUGGAAAGAAAUUUUCAACCUGUAAUUAUUUUCAGCUUUAGUAAGAAGGAUUGUGAAGCCUAUGCACUUCAAAUGACCAAAUUAGAUUUUAACACAGAUGAAGAAAAGAAGAUGGUUGAAGAAGUAUUCAGUAAUGCCAUUGACUGCUUGUCUGAUGAAGAUAAAAAACUCCCUCAGGUCGAACAUGUACUUCCUCUUUUGAAGCGGGGAAUUGGUAUUCACCAUGGUGGCUUACUUCCUAUUUUGAAAGAAACUAUAGAAAUUCUCUUUUCUGAAGGAUUGAUAAAGGCCUUAUUUGCCACAGAGACUUUUGCCAUGGGAAUUAAUAUGCCAGCUAGAACUGUUUUAUUUACAAAUGCCCGAAAAUUUGAUGGGAAAGAUUUCCGAUGGAUUUCCUCUGGUGAAUACAUUCAGAUGUCUGGUCGAGCUGGAAGGAGGGGAAUGGAUGAUAGAGGAAUUGUGAUUCUUAUGGUGGAUGAAAAGAUGAGCCCAACGAUUGGAAAACAGCUACUUAAGGGCUCAGCUGAUCCUCUAAAUAGUGCUUUCCAUUUGACCUACAACAUGGUUUUGAACUUGCUACGUGUAGAAGAAAUUAAUCCUGAGUACAUGUUGGAAAAAUCCUUUUACCAGUUUCAACAUUAUAGAGCAAUUCCAGGAGUAGUAGAGAAGGUAAAGAACUCAGAAGAACAGUAUAAUAAAAUAGUAAUACCAAAUGAGGAAAGUGUUGUCAUCUAUUAUAAGAUUAGACAGCAGCUUGCCAAACUGGGUAAAGAAAUUGAAGAAUAUAUUCACAAACCAAAAUACUGCUUACCAUUUCUACAGCCAGGUCGUUUGGUAAAGGUAAAGAAUGAAGGAGAUGAUUUUGGCUGGGGAGUAGUGGUAAAUUUCUCCAAAAAGUCAAAUGUCAAGCCUAAUUCUGGUGAACUGGAUCCUUUAUAUGUAGUAGAAGUACUUCUGCGCUGUAGCAAAGAAAGUUUGAAAAAUUCAGCUACUGAGGCUGCAAAACCAGCUAAGCCUGAUGAGAAAGGAGAGAUGCAGGUUGUUCCAGUUUUGGUGCACCUCCUGUCUGCUAUCAGCAGUGUUAGGCUUUAUAUUCCUAAAGACCUUCGGCCAGUGGAUAAUAGACAGAGUGUUUUAAAGUCAAUACAGGAAGUUCAGAAACGUUUUCCUGAUGGUGUUCCCUUAUUAGAUCCUAUUGAUGAUAUGGGCAUUCAAGAUCAAGGGCUGAAAAAAGUCAUCCAGAAAGUAGAGGCUUUUGAACAUAGAAUGUAUUCUCAUCCACUUCACAAUGAUCCAAAUUUGGAAACAGUGUAUACUCUUUGUGAAAAAAAAGCACAGAUUGCAAUAGAUAUUAAAUCUGCAAAGCGAGAACUAAAGAAAGCAAGAACUGUCCUACAAAUGGAUGAGCUCAAAUGCCGCAAACGUGUUUUAAGGAGGUUGGGAUUUGCUACUUCUUCUGAUGUCAUAGAGAUGAAAGGACGAGUGGCUUGUGAGAUAAGCAGUGCUGAUGAACUCCUUCUAACUGAGAUGAUGUUUAAUGGCCUUUUCAAUGACCUGUCUGCAGAACAGGCAACGGCACUACUAAGCUGCUUCGUGUUUCAAGAGAAUUCAAGUGAGAUGCCCAAAUUAACUGAGCAGUUAGCAGGACCACUUCGUCAAAUGCAGGAAUGUGCUAAAAGAAUUGCAAAAGUUUCAGCAGAAGCCAAAUUGGAAAUUGAUGAGGAAACUUAUCUAAGCUCAUUCAAACCUCACUUAAUGGAUGUAGUGUAUACCUGGGCAACGGGAGCAACAUUUGCUCAUAUCUGCAAGAUGACAGAUGUCUUUGAAGGCAGCAUAAUUCGUUGUAUGAGGCGCCUGGAAGAACUGCUUAGACAGAUGUGUCAAGCAGCAAAAGCCAUUGGAAAUACUGAGCUGGAAAACAAAUUUGCAGAAGGAAUCACCAAAAUCAAGAGAGAUAUUGUAUUUGCUGCCAGCCUCUACUUGUAA